UUCAUUGGGGGAUGGGUGUGCUACUUUCUCAGCAAGCUGGGAAUAAAAUGCUUCACGAAGGUUUUCCAGGUUCGAACAGCUGUAAUCUGAAUGGGUUUUAAUUGAUUUUACUCAUACAAGCGUGAACUGAUUAACUAUCCAAAAAGAAAUGGGGGAAAUACUGCUCGUUUGCACUUGGGCUGGGCUUUUACAUCUUAAAACUGAGUGUACAGCUAAACAAGUUUCCCCACAAUGCCCUUCUGGUGUGUGGGAGGUUACUCUUUAUCGUUGAGCCAGCUUAGUGAGGUGAUCCUGGGUCCUCAUGAGCCUUCUGCUACUACCUCUGGAAACACUGAUCCCUGCCAGCAUGUGUGGGAGAGGGCAUCGCUGUGGACAGACAGGCAGAGCAGGUGGACCGCGGCUAGGGAGAUGACCCUCCGGUGGGUGUCCCACCAACUCUGGAGGCACCGAAUGAAAGGUCUCCUGGUGACUCUGGCUGUGACGUUACUGCUUAUGCUGCUGGCCACCCAGGCUCUCCAGCCUGUGAGCCAAAGACCAGUUGUGGAUAAAAGAACAGAGCAUGAAAAGGCACAGCACAGACCAAAACAAGCAUCCCACAAGGAGAGUGGCAGGAGGAAAGCAGGUGAGAUCGCCACCACACAACCUACAGAAGACAUUCCUCGCUCCACCAUAGAAAGGAGGAGGGCUCCACCACCAAUCGUCUUCCUCAAAACACACAAGACGGGGAGCAGCACUGUGCAGAACCUUUUGUUUCGGCUCGGGGAGCGAGAGAAAGCCACAUUUGCCUUUCCUCACUACACUUACCAGUUCAGUUACCCAGAGAGGUUCAGAGCGGAGUUUGUUGAUGAGCUGCCGGACGGCUCCACCCAGUUUGACAUCCUGUGCAGCCACAUGCGUCUGGACCUGGCCCAGGUGAUGCAGGUGAUGCCCCAGAACGCUGUGUACGUCACGCUGCUGCGCGAGCCCCUGCGGACCUUCGAGUCCGUGUUCAACUACUACACCUCCACCGUGCCUGCCUUCACCAAGGCCCAGAAGGCAGCGGAUGCUGCAGCAGCCACCGCCGCCGCAGCUGGCUCCCUGAAGCGAAAAUCGGCGCUCACCAUCUUCCUGGAGAACCCGGAGGCCUACUGGGACCCGAAGGAAGUCGGGAAUGGCCUGGUCAAGAACCCCAUGUGCUUCGACAUGGGGCUCAACAGCCAGCAGUGGAACAGCUCCUGGCCGGAGGACCUGGCACGCCUGGAGGAGGCCUUUCACCUGGUGAUGAUUGCCGAGCACUUUGACGAGUCGCUGGUGCUCCUCGGGGCGCUGCUGGGCGUGGGGCUGGAGGAGCUGGCGUACGUGCGGCUGAAUGUGCGCUCGGUGCUCAGCGUGGCCACGCUGGACCAGGCCACCAAGGAGAAGCUCAGUGCCUGGAAUGCCCUGGACACACUGCUUUAUGACUUCUUCCUGCAGCUGUUUUGGGAGAAGGCGGAGAUGUACGGGCGCAAGAGGCUGAGCCGCGAGGUGGCGCAGCUCAGAAGGGCCACCGAGCGCGUACGCAAGAUGUGCGUGGCCAGGGAAGGGGUGCCCCCCGGGCAGCUGGAGGAUUUGGUGCGGCCUUGGCAGACAAACUCUGCCACCAUCAUGGGGUACGAGCUCAGGGCAAACCUCAGCCAGCAGGAGCAGGGCUUCUGUGUGCGACUGGUGCUGCCUGAGUUACAGUAUCAUUCCCAUCUGUACUUCCAGCAGUAUGGCCGUGAUAUGAGGUCUGUACCCACAGACUGAGCUGGACCAGAUAUGCUGGACUUUGGAUACUGGGCCUGUCUGUGUUUCAUAUUCUUGUUAGGUAAAAAUGACUCAAUUAAUUUCAUACUAAAAACAUUCAGAUGAUAUGUUGAUGUAAAUACUAUUAGAUGGUAAAACACUGGUUUCAUUUUAAAAUGAUACAUUAAUUUAAUAAAUACAGUGUCUAUGUCCA